AUGAAUCUUCCGGACGGAGUGCUUGGAGGAGAGGCUGUUGUUAAGGUAGAAGAUGGCGCAACCGUCACCGAACGACAAGCUAAAUGGCGCUCUAAAUUAAGUAGAUACAAAUUUAAUGUCGUAGUCCGCCACAAAAUUACUGAACAAUACGCAGAAGGACUCUCGUAUAACCCAGAAGGUCGUCCCGAACCUUCAGAAAAUGAGAUAAAUAAUAAAACCGUAAAUAAUCCUUUAGCAUUACCAAUCUCUGCUAAACCAAGACCAAAAGGGUCACAUAGAAAACUCUCUGACUCGGAGGCGAUUGAAGCGGUCAAGCGCCCCGGUCACCCCCUAGGAUCUAAAAACAAACCAAGAGUCAGCAGUGCUCCUGAAGCGAGAGAUACAAUAGCCUCUCGUCUUAGGAAAAGGGAGAUGGGAAAAACGCGAGUCCCACCGAAAAUAAAUUAUCACGAAACUAGCAACUUCGAUAUAACUUCAGAAGACCCGGAGAAGACACAGGAAACCGGAAAUGAAAAACAGGGGGACGACGAAGUCUUCCUACCAGUUUCCACACCAGGACCAUCCACGAGUAAUCCGACUCCAGACAUUAGCCAAGAGGGGGACGACGAAUCAGAGAAGGAAGAUGAAGCCGAAAAGGACAACGAAACGAUCGUUCCACAAAAACAACGGCGAAAAACUCGCGAACUAGUAAAAAUGUUCGAUGAGCUCCUCCAAAGGCGGCCUCCAGCAGAAAAUAUAUACACAGAGAGAGCACUAGAAAGAAUCCACAGAGAAGAAGCAAUAUCUAAUUAUACUCCCCAGGAGUAUGCCGAAAUAAAACGAACUAGUUCCGACACCGCGAAAAAUAUUCGCCAAUCAUUAAACAAACUUCCACCUCUCUGGCGAAGUGAAGAUGACUCGUUAAAUGAAGAUACAACACCUGAAAUUAAUGUCGACGAAUUUCUUAGAGAGAAUAGCGACAAGUCUGAAGAAGGAUCAAGCGAUAUCAGCCCAGAAGAAACCGGAGGAGUCGAAGAUCUCAGCGAAGUGGAGCAUCCCAUCAUCAUAGAGCCAAGGCCUCCGACCUCAGCAGACGACAUUAAUACAAGAAACGUCAUCUAUACAGAUGAUGAAGAAAAUGAAUCCAACAAAAAUACUCUAACUCCUCGAAACGUAAAUCGAUCUCAGUUUACAGGGUAUUUAGGAGACGGUCCAGAACCUCGAACUCCAAUAUUCGGAAGAGUUCUCAUACCUGAUGAGCUAGCGGCUAUGGGUAUCCGUUAUGACCACGCAAGCCGCCAAAUCGUAGACCAAAACGGUAAGGGAAUAAACGAAACGGCCGAAACCGAAUCGGCCGACCCCAACAAAACCCCUAUCGAAUCGGAACAGGGACAAUCAAAUGAAAAAUCGUCAAAUAUCACUAGAUUAACGAAUACACAAAAUAAUAACAAAAAUAAAUCGCGAAAUAGUUCAGAAAAAUCUAACGAUAGACCAACUAUAAGCGGUAAUAUUACAGUGGGGAACGAUAUAGGGAACCGCCGAUUCGGACCACCCUUUGUUGCCUACGACCCUCCAACCUUCGAAGAGGCCGAAGAUAUUUUUGCUGAAAGGCACCAUCGACCAAGAAUAUCUUCACCCUCGAGUUCAGACGAAAGUAUACCGCCAAAAGGGUCCAAAAUAAAAAUCAAAUUCUCAAUCAGCCGAGACGGGCUUACUUAUGCCCGAGAUCAUUUAGUACAUUUUUUAGCAGCCGAUUGCGAAAUAAUAAAACCCGUAGCUAAGCUGCUUCGCGACUUGAAAUUCAUAAAUGCCGAUGAUCUUCAUGCUUCAAAACCUACAAAAGGAGACGUAUUUGUCACCAAAUUAGGUCGUUGCAAAAUCUUCACGGUAUUUAUCAAAACAAAACAUUUUGAAAAAUUAGACCCAAUCGACUUGAUUGAAGGAUUGAGAAACCUUUGA